UGUCAGCGCUGCGGGGCGGGGCGGGGCGGGGCGGGGCGCGGCAGGCAGGCGUGGGCCCGGCGCGGCGGUGGUGGCGCCAUCCCCAUCCCCCGGCGGCGGCGCGCGCUGCCCCAGGUGGGUGCGGGCGGCGCGGAGGGCACCUUGGCCGGCGCGGGGGGACUGCGGCGGGGCGGCGCGGCGCGGCGGAGCUACGGCGGCGCCCCGCCCCCUCCGGCAGAGCGGCGGGAGCUGCGGCGGCAGCGGCGAGCGCAGCCCCCGGGCCGCAGCUGGCGGCGCCGCGGUCCGGGCCAGGAGCGCACUUCAGCUGUUUGAACUCUUCUUCGCCUCUCCAUAAGCUGCGAAACAGAAGAAUGUGGAAAAGUAUCCCCUUCCCUUUUUCUACAUGAGUGAUAAGAGCACAAGAUCAUUGCUACAAGUUUGCUGCAAAGAUGAGUUCAGAGGAGAAGAGCAUAUCUCCUGCUCACAAAACAUCCACUCCAUCACAUAGAAGUGCCUCCUCUUCAUCAUCGUCUCAGAGGGACAGGAGGCAGAGCAUUCAUAUUUUGGAGCGGAAGGCUUCUUCAGGAAGUACAGACCUUUCUUUAAGCAAGCAGUUCCUUGAAACGGACCCUAUUUCGCUAUCCAAGGAACCUGACAGCUGGGAAAUCAUAGAGGGCCUUAAAAUAGGCCAGACCAAUGUCCAGAAGCCAGACAAACAUGAAGGUUUCAUGCUGAAAAAGAGAAAAUGGCCUUUAAAAGGUUGGCACAAGAGGUUUUUUGUCCUGGAUAAUGGAAUGUUAAAGUAUUCAAAGUCACCAAUUGAUAUUCAGAAGGGCAAAGUACAUGGGAGCAUCGAUGUUGGUUUAUCAGUUAUGUCUAUUAAAAAGAAGGCUCGUAGGAUAGAUCUUGACACAGAAGAGCACAUCUAUCAUCUGAAGGUGAAGUCCCAGGAUUCUUUUGAUGCCUGGGUUUCAAAAUUACGCCACCACCGGUUGUACCGUCAAAAUGAGAUUGUGAGAUCUCCAAGAGAUGCCAGCUUUCAUAUAUUCCCUUCAGCCUCUACUACAGAGUCUUCACCAGCUGCCAAUGUAUUAGAUGGAAAGGUACAACAAAAUAGCUUCCCAUGGCAGUCUCCUAUACCAUGCAGUAAUAGCCUUCCUGCAACCUGCACUACAGGUCAGAGUAAAGUAGCGGCUUGGUUGCAGGACUCUGAAGAAAUGGACAGAUGUGCAGAAGAUCUUGCUCAUUGUCAGUCAAACCUUGUCGAACUCAGUAAACUUCUUCAAAAUUUAGAAAUACUACAGAGAACUCAGUCAGCACCAAACUUCACAGACAUGCAGGCUAACUGUGUAGAUAUUUCAAAGAAAGACAAGCGGGUCACAAGACGAUGGAGAACAAAAAGUGUCAGCAAAGAUGCAAAAAUUCAACUUCAGGAAGGGCCGGCGCCGAAGGGCCAGCUCAGCACAACACGACGCCGGCAGAGACUAGCAGCUGCAGUGGCUACAACAGUCCCUUUCAGUGCUACAAUGUCACCCGUUCGGCUGCAUUCAUCCAAUCCCAACCUUUGUGCAGACAUUGAAUUUCAGACGCCCCCAAGUCACGUAACUGACCCCCUGGAGUGCUCUACCGAGUACAUCAAGCUGCAAGAAGAAUUUUGCCUGAUGGCACAAAAAGUUCAUUCUCUCUUGAAGUCUGCCUUUAACAGCAUAGCUAUAGAGAAGGAGAAACUUAAGCAGAUUGUUUCAGAACAAGAUCUUACAGGCCACAAUGCACAAAUAGCACACCUCAGACAGUCCCUCUCUCAGGCUCUCAACCAGAAUGCUGAACUAAGGAGUCGCUUGAACAGAAUACAUUCAGAAUCUGUUAUCUGUGAUCAAGUUGUCAGUGUAAAUAUUAUCCCUAGUCCUGAUGAGACAUGUGAACAAAUUCAUGUCAAUUCAUUGUCCCAGCAAGUUUCUAACGAGAGCAGGCUCUCGAUGUCUGAAUCGGUUUCAGAGUUCUUUGACGCGCAGGAAGUGCUGUUGUCCGCCAGCUCAUCAGAAAAUGAGGCUUCUGAUGAUGAAUCUUACAUCAGUGAUGUGAGUGAUAAUAUAUCUGAGGACAACACCAGUGUUGCAGACAACAUUUCUCGGCAAAUUCUUAAUGGUGAGCUAACAGGAGGUGCAUUCAGGAAUGGACGACGCACUUGUCUCCCAGCUCCCAGCCCUGACACUAGUAACAUCAAUCUGUGGAAUAUUUUGAGAAAUAACAUUGGCAAAGAUCUUUCCAAAGUGUCCAUGCCAGUUGAGCUAAAUGAACCUCUGAAUACUUUGCAACAUCUCUGUGAAGAGCUAGAAUACAGCGAACUCUUGGACAAGGCUGCUGAAACUGAUGAUCCCUAUGAACGCAUGGUCCUCAUAGCUGCUUUUGCAGCAUCAGGCUAUGCCUCUACCUACUUUAGAGCAGGAAGCAAGCCAUUUAACCCUGUGCUUGGUGAAACUUAUGAAUGUAUUAGAGAAGACAAAGGAUUUCGAUUUUUCUCAGAGCAGGUUAGCCACCAUCCUCCCAUUUCUGCCUGUCACUGUGAAUCGAAGAACUUUGUAUUUUGGCAAGAUAUCAGAUGGAAAAACAAAUUCUGGGGGAAAUCAAUGGAAAUUCUGCCAGUUGGAACAUUGAAUGCAACUCUUCCAAAGUAUGGAGAUUACUACGUCUGGAACAAAGUCACUACUUGCAUACAUAAUAUCCUUAGUGGAAGGAGGUGGAUAGAACAUUAUGGAGAGAUAACUAUCAGAAACACAAAAAGCAGUGUUUGUAUUUGUAAACUCACAUUUGUCAAGGUAAACUACUGGAAUUCAAAUGUAAAUGAGGUCCAGGGUGUUGUGAUAGAUCAAGAAGGGAAGGUGGUACAUCGCCUUUUUGGAAAGUGGCAUGAAGGCCUUUAUUGUGGGGUUGCACCUUCAGCCAAAUGUAUAUGGAGGCCAGGCUCCAUGCCAACCAAUUAUGAACGUUAUUAUGGCUUCACAAGGUUUGCUAUUGAGCUCAAUGAAUUAGAUCCUGUACUGAAAGAUCUUCUUCCUACAACCGAUGCACGAUUCAGGCCGGAUCAGAGGCUUCUGGAAGAAGGAAAUGUAGAAGCAGCAGCAACAGAGAAACAAAGAAUAGAGGAGCUCCAGAGAAGUCGGAGGCGGUACAUGGAAGAAAACAGCAUUGAAUAUGUACCCAAAUUUUUCAAGAAAGUUAUGGAUGCUAAUCAAAGAGAAGCCUGGGUUACCAAUGACACCUACUGGGAACUGCGAAAGGAUCCUGGCUUUAGUAAAGUAGAAAUUCCCAUACUCUGGUAAACUGAGAAUGUAGAUCUAGUAAACAUAUCACUCUCUGAAGAAAAAAAUAACUAUGCACAAUAUGUUUCUUAUAGCUAAGCGUGGUUUGUGGGUCUACGGAAAAUCUAUCAUUUGCAUUUAUAUUCAUCUUUAUAAAGGAUUUUUGAAAGUGCAUUAGACCAGGCCCCUGACCACUUAUGGAUCUUUUUAAUUUUGCAGCAGUCAUUAAAAUAAAGAAAGAAAAGAAAGAAAAAGAAACAAAUAAAAACCUUUUAAAGUUUCAUACACUGAAAAUUCAGAACAAAAGAAGCAGAAGAAUUAUCCAAAGUCACUUGGAAGAGGUGGUAAACAGAAAACUGCAACCGGUGCUUUAAACAGACAUUAAGAGUAAUGUAAUCUAAAGUAAAAAAAAAAAGAAAAAAAAGGAAGAAAAAACAGAAAAAAUCCAUUUUGUUUCAACUAUUUUUGUUAAAAACUCUUGGUUUACAACACUGUCAUUUCUGGCUUCAGGUUAGUCCUUUGGUGUGAUGUGCUUGGACUGACCUUUGUCAAAAAGACAUAAGACAUGCUUUUCUGGAAGCUGUUCCCAUUCAUAUGCCAUUGUUCAUGCCUUAAACAAAAUAUGAAGAAGUAUAGUAAGUCAUUUUAAAAUGUCUAUCCUUAGGCUUGCGUGGAGGACAGAUUUUUAAAGCACUAGGAUUUUAUCGUAUAAAUUUUGGAGAACCUAUAUUAUUUAAAAUCAAAACACAGCCAAGCAUCUAACUGUAUUUCAGAUGAAGGAGAUCUACUGUACAUGCUUUAGCUUUGGGAAGCUGACUGUAUAAUCAGACUGAAAAGAAACUACUACCUGGUUAAAUUUGAGACAAUUUUGUAAAUGCAUUUGAAUUGCUAGUCAGAAAGUUCAUAUUCUAAAUGACGGAGGCUGAGAUGUGAUCAUCAUUUAUACACUGAUCUGACAUAGCUUCACAGCGUAUCUCAUUUCCCCCUGUUUAUACAAUUAGAAUUCCCUGAAGCUUUGCAACGGUGUUAAAAGCACAGAAACAUUUCACAGGAAAGUCUCUGGCUUCUCUCCAGAAGCUGGAUAGUACUUUGAACAGAACUAAUAUUUUCUGCCACACAGACCAUAUACUUUACUGGCUGUGUUUUCUUCUCAUCCACUUUUCUUAUCUAAAUUUAUAUGUGAGAGUAGGGCAGAGGCUCCCAUGCUUUGUAGCUAACAACAACUUCUUGUGUUGCCAAAAUAGCUUUUAUGCAAAAUUACAUUUUACAGUUUUUUCAUAAAGUGAUUCUAUACUUUUUGAUUCAGAACCAAGUCUCUUAUGUGUUGCUAUGCCUCAAUUAAUAUGUAAGGGAGGAGGCCUGGCACUUUCUAUCUGAUAAUCGCUGAAGCACUAAACAGUAGGAGGGCAGAUUUUACGAAAAGAAGUAGUUUUAUUAGAAAAAAAAUUCAUUUCACACGGUAUGAUCCAAUUGUCCAUUUAUACAUAUAUUAUACAUUCAGGCACUAAUGACAGACUAGAUUUCCUACAUAUAUACUGUCUUUCACGUACAUAGCAUACAUAGUGCACUUAAAUUUUUCUAUUUAAGAUGUAUUCUAGUACUGAGACUGACUAAAAUAAAAUAAAAAUUCAGAUAGGUGUCUGAUCCUGCCAGGAGAGCUGCUUGAACAGUUCACAGUGGGGUGCCACACAUACCCAGCUCUCUGCAUGCCUGUUCCUUUUGCAGAGUCAGGCCCUUACAGACCUAAGAUUACUGUGAUUAUUUUGUAUGCAUUCAGUUCUCCCCUUUGCUUGUAUAGGAGAGCAACUAGCUACUAAUGAAUUCCACUUUCUUCCCAAAGUUAUAAGGAAAAAUAUGACAGCCUAAAGAAAAUACUGGGUAGAACUUAUGAAAAUUUUGAAUACUAAACAUUGUUUAUGAAUACUUGAUAUAAAAACUUUAUGCAGAUUAACAGGAUUUGUUCCAAAGAAUAUCUUGAAUUAUUAAAAAAAAAAUCUUAUUCUCUUUUCUAGUUGGACCAAAUCUGAAUUCUCUGAGUUCUUCAGUGGUUUUUAUAAGAAAAUGAAAAUAUAUCAGUUUUGUUUUUCUAAUCAUAUUAGGUUAACUUCAUCCUACUUGCUUUAAUGGCAUUACACUAUGAAUCAAAUCUGCACAUUGUGUGCAAAAUGUCAAUUCAUUAUUCUAUCACUUUCCUUAAAUAUAUCAUUAUUAAACAUUUGCGCCCCUCAUGUUCCAGUCCCUGUGUGUGGGUUCACCAUGCCAUUAAAAAGUAUCACUUGUGCAUGACUGAGAGUACAUUUGAGAGACAGAAACUGCAUGUCCUCAGUUUUUUUGGAAGUUGGAUCUUAAUUUAAAUACAGAGAUAAAGUAUUGAGUUUUACAGUGUUCUGCUAGUGUUUCGUGAAUGCCAUUCUUUGCAGUGCAAAGUGCUAUCACUGAUUUAAUUAUUUUUUCAACUGUUCAUCUGAUAUUCAUUGAAGAAUAGUACUAACAUUUUUAGAAUUUAAAAAAUCUGUGAUACGAUAAAUCUUUAUUGAAGGCACUCUUUAAAAUUAUGGAAUAUUGAAUUAAUGAAUUAAUAACUAGAAGAAAUACAAAACAGUGCCUCACAAAAUGGAAUUUUUCUUUGUCAGAAUUCUAAAUGUACUAUCAAAUAUACCAUAAAGCAUUUUUUUUAUAGUACAGAAUUCUCUGGAUUCUGUGCAAAAUCUUCUAUUAAUUUUUUUCCUGCCACCUUGGGGGACGUAACGACAUAUUUUCUAAAGAGAAUGGGUUAAUAGAAGACAGGUCUGGGGGCUUCUGUCCAAACUAUAAUUUUUGAACAACUUUGGAAGAGCACCUGCACUGUAUCGAGUGCAGGUGCAGAGCUUUGUACUUCUCUGUACUGGACUUCGUGAAGUGCUGUCUGGCCCAAUUCUCAAGUUUAGGAAGAUCCUUCUGGUCAGAGCUCUGCCAUUUGGCAUGUUGCCUGAUGCUCCUAAUUUAAGGUUAUCUGUGAAGUUGCGAGGCGGCAGUCUACGUCCUUGCACAGGUCACUGAUGAUGUUGAACGGUGCGGGACCCGGAGCCGACCCCGUGGCACCAUCCCCGUUCCUGGUGCCAGUGGGGGUAACGCAGCCAUCGCACCCUUCGAGCGUGGGGACUCAGGCAGUUUUCAGCCCAUCUAGCUCCAUUCACCCAGGCAGUAUUUUCUUUUGAAAGGCAUAAAAAAUACUUCUCUGCUCUGUAGGUUUUAUUGUUCUAGGUUUGGUAGGUGAGGAGAAUGAGUGCAAACCACCUGCCAUUUAAAAAAGCAUCAACUAUUAAAAUUUCUAACUUGAACUACAAAAAGGUAUCCUAUGCUUUCAAAUGCCUUUUUUCAAAAUUCGUUUCUAUAUGAAAUACAUGAACUUUAUGCUUUAUCCACAAUGGCAAAUGGUACUUGCAAUUAAUAUUUUACAAACAUACCUUAGUUUAUUCCCUGUUCUGGUACUGAGGAUAUAAUGGGAUAAUGCUAGCUAUUAUCAUCAAAGGUAAUGUCUUAAUAGUGACUUAAAUAGUUUCAUUCCUAUUUUUAAUCUCUGUUAACGAGAUGGCAGAUUUUUCUGUAUAUUAGAAGUUGUUAUCUCACUGAGAGAUACAAAUUGAAUUAGUUUAUUUUCAUACAGUCGCACUGUGAUUUAAAAGUCAUCUAGUCACUCAUUCUAAUUUUUAACAGGUAUAAGUUGCAUGAAAUAAACAUGUUUGCAUUUGGCUUUAGAAGUAAACUCCCAAUAUAGUACUCUUCAUCUUACAAAUAAUGUUUUGCAUUUUCUCUCAUUUUGAACUUUUGACUCUGAACCAGCUUUUAUGGCAUUUGUGGGUUUUAUGUGAAUACCACAUACUAGGCAUGUGUCAAGUAUGUGGUAUGUACGCAUGAUACAGUUUUAAAAGAUGCCCUUGAUUUGCUACUGAACAGUGUUAGAGCUUCACGGAAACAAAUCAUGCAAACAUUAAGGCAUACUUCUCCCUAGAGCAAUGUGCCCAGGAGCCAGCGCUGAGCCCGCCGCACCUGCACUGUGUGAUGAGUUUGCCUCCAGGCUCUGCCCUCCUUUAUCUGCUCCGAAUGUAGCCUGUGGCAGGGAGGCCAGGCACCUUGCACAGUUUGCCAUGGAAAUAACAAGGGUUUUUCUCUUCCUCAAACCAGGUAGAGCAGGGCCCAGGGCAAAGCAGGCUUGCAUGUAGGAUUUCUCAACAGAGUUGAAUUUUUAGAAAUGCUCUGGAAGGGCAGGGAGUUCGUGUUUUUGCUAACAAAGGUCUCUUAAUUUAUGGAAGGUUUGUAUUUUCUCCUUGUUUUAAAGGAUUUUGGAAUUCUGCCUGGUGAAUUAGCUGUUUAAAGUGCCAUUGGCCGCAGUAGUAAUCUGAGGAAUUAACUCUAUUUUAGGUAUUAUUACUAACACUGGAGAUGCAUGAUGAAAGCCAAAGGAGAAUUUUUAAAUUAAAUCUACCUGAAAUUAAUAAGGCCUUUGAAGGAAAAAGGUAUGCAUAUUCAUAUACUAAAAUGCAGGAGGUGUUGAGUUUGGCCCAGCUAAGGAAAAAAGAGUAAUAUUGACAAAAAUGUAUAAGAAACAUUAGUAUGCCCUAGCCAGUCAGGAUGUGCUAUACACAGACCUCGGGGAAAGCUAGCAAAACUAACUAUGUCUCAACUGCUUGUCUUAGCAGCUGAAAAUAUUAGGGCUGAAAAUAUUAUCUAAUGUUUUCUUGUUGUCCGUCAUUAAGUAAUAAAUGUCAAAACUGUAUAAAACUUCAAUUUAUUCUUUUCAGCAUGUAGUGACAGAAAUCAUGGUGAUCAGGGAUACAGUUGUGACGAAAUGUUCUUGUUAGAAAAUUAAUUUUCUACUUUACCAUACCUGCUUAUUUUUGUUAGAAUUCCUGCAUCACUCAGAAGAUGAAGGUGAGUUUCAUGGAGACAGGGGUGUGUGUGUGUGUGUGGGGGGGGGGGGCGGCUUGUCUUUUUUGUGUUUGUUUUUUAACAGAAGAAUCUAGACUAAGUGUGCUAAUAAAGAUUUAAGUCUUCCUAGGGAGGCUAGCUCCCUGGGCUCCCUCAGAAUAGUGAAUGGCAUCCAUGAGAAUUUUACAAAUCUGAGUAAACUCAAAGAAAUGGAUUAUUUAAAGCAGUUUAUUUUCUUUUUGUAUUAUAUGCUGUAAGGAGUCUACUUACAAAAGGUAAUGCAUUCUUACUCUUUAAACUAGAGGUGUAGAACAGCUUUGAUGUUCAUUAGCUUUGGUGUAAGUUACAUCUUCUAAAUUGAAAAACGUCUUUAUAGAACCUCCUUAAAAGGACUUUUUUAUAUGGUGUCUUGCAGGUUUAAAAAGUGAGUUUAAUAUCCUUGUAGGUGUUUUAUAUGCCUAUCUCCUUCUUUGUCAACUUUUGUUGUAUUAUAACCCAUCAUUUUUUAAAAAUGUUUUUCCCUCCCCUAUGAUAUUUGGCAAACCUCAAAAAAGGAAAAGGAGGGAGAGACUACAAUGGAGAAUCAUGAAACUAGAUACAACAGUUCUCAGUGGCACAGCGUUAUUAAAAAUGGAGUUUUCUAGCCCUUAUUAAUGGGGAUGUCUGUCAGAGCAGCUGUUAACAUAUCUAACCUGAAACUGAUUUAAUACCCUUUUACUUUCCACUGACCAGUGGCGGCACGGAAAAAUGGAGGAUUAGUGACAUUUGCUCAGAAUGAAUUUUGAACAUGAAAGGAAGCUUUUAUUCCUUUUAUAAUAAAAAUGACUGUAGACAGAAUUUGGCCGAAGGUAUGUUGGUACUGUGAACAAAGAGAAUUACUUAUUUUAUAAAUAAGGGAAGCGUAAAAUUGGAAUAUAUAUAUUCAACACUAUGUAAUAUAGUCUGUCUUGCAUAUUCUGGACAUACGGUAAAACUGUCUAUUUAUACUCCCUGAGGAAUGAUCGAGAUCCUAUGAAACACUAAAAGAUAUUUCCAUGUUUAUUGCUACUUGUAAUGGUCUGCAUUAGUGAAAGAGGAUGAUUGUGUUUUGGAUAUCUUAUGUGAACUUCUAAUCUUGCUGGUCCCAGUCAUUAGGGAUGCAAAAAGGAAAGAGCUGAGGAGAUUCCUUCAGAAGGCAAGAGUGGGUAACAAUCUUUCAUGCCCUGAGCGUCCUAAUGAUGCAAGUGCUAUAAAAGAGCAGUACUUAAGGUGAUAAAUAUUCAGCUAGAAUGAUUACUUUUCACUGUGGUCCAGGACUGGUCCCUUGGGCCAGUCCGUUUAGCCACAUACACAAUGUCUGUCUUUUAAACUGAAUUACUAUUUAGCAUUACACUUAUGGCAACUGGAGCCCAGGGUUGCCUUGUCAGGUCCUUGGAGGACAGACAGUGGCAGAGACAGGAGCUGAAGUAAAGAUUUCUUGUCUUGUAAUCCUGUGUUGGGUGUUCUUUCUCUUCCUUUGUUAAAUUUACAUGGGCAAGGAAUAUGAAAUUAAUAUUAACCAAGCUAAUGUUAGUUUAAUCUUCAGUUUUUGCCAGGUAAAGGAGAAUAAUGGAUAGCUGCUUUUUGGUUUUUUUUUUUUCUCUAAUCUCUGUUGAAUAAAUUCAGAUGAGAUCUGCAAUUAUCUUUGAAUUUGCUUAAUAUGUUAUAAAAAUGCCUAGAGACUGCAUUGUGAAUAAUAAAUUAUACAUAAAUAUUUUUAAUCUGCAUCAGUAACCUAUCUUGAAGUCAAGACAAUGAAAAGUAUCAUUUCAAUAGGAGGUUAGGAAUUGGGUCUAUUUAAUUCUUGAAAUAAGUGUUACUGGUAUCUGUUAGUGGUUGAAAUGUAGUAUAGCAUAUUCAGACCGCUGUUGUAAUUCUGCAGUAAAUUUUAUUUUCAUCUGAGUCUCAAACAAGACCUGACUAUGAACUGAGAAAUAAAUGCUGAUGUGUGUAUUUUGGUAUGCAGGCAUAAAUUCAAAGAUGGCAACUUCUAGCUUACUUAAGCUUUCACUCUAAUUAGCAGAAGCACUGUUCUUGUUCCUUUAGAAUUAUUUCUAAACUAAUUAUUUUCAAACGUUCAUUCCUCACUAAGAACUAAUUAUAUGCCAAGUCUGAGUUUAAAAAUAAAACAAUGUUUAGAGCUCCACAAACAUGAAGAAUGGUUCUUUUAUUUUGCAACUAAUGCUCAGAUCUUGCUAAACCUCCAGCUCUCAAAGCAAGGCAGACCUAUAAUGCUCAUUCACUAAAAUUUCAUCCCUGGACCAAAAAGAGAUAUCAGUGGGCUUUUCUGGAUGGGAUUCUUUGCUUCUUUGUGUAUUGAUUUGUGUCUACGUUAUGUACCAUAAAACCAGCAAGAAGUCAAGCUGUUAGCAUCUGAUGUCACAAAUCUUUUCCUUCAAAAAAACACACAGCAAAUUGCUUGCUCUUUAACUGUUACUGCUAGAUUGUCUGAAGAGGAUGCUUAAAAAGCCAUCAUAAAAUUAAACUAUUGGGACAUCUGGAGACAUCAUUAUGAUAGUUCUAUAUUAGGAGAUUAAGAUAUUUUAUUUUUUUAACCAGUAUCAAGAUUUCUUCUUAAAGUCAGUAUCUACUUCCCUUUGUAUAAUUAUGUUCGAUGGAUUAUGUUUUUUAAACAUUUCAACAGCUUAACAUUCCAUAUUUUCUCUCCUUUUUGCACAGUUAACAUGAAUUUGGAAUAAUGACACACUUUUUUAGUGAGAUUAGAUCCCAUGCACACACAUGUGAAGUGUAGUAAAUUCCAGUAUUUGUACCCUGAUCAAAUCUUUUAGAAUGCCAUAUAAAAGUAAAGUUUAGAUAAGUAGUCAAUUUAAUUGCCUUGCUGGGCUUCAUUAGUUUUAAUGGCAUUUAAUUCUAGAUGGUAAACAGACCUUUAGCAGGCCAGAAAGUGAAAAUAUAAAUAGCAAAAAGAGCAUUCGCUCGUGAUUCCCCAUAUCCCUGUGCUCAAUGAAACCCAGAUCUAUUGCUUUCUUGUACACCACUUUGCAUAGCGUCCUUGUAAAAGGAGGCCCUCAGAAUCUUUCCAUUGGGGUUGUGCUGUUAUACCAUCUAGAAAUAUAUACACCAAAACUCACUUCACACUUUUUAAGAUGAAUUUUAAAGGCAGAUAAUGUAAUUAUCUUCAGCCUUUCUAGAAGGCUAAAAUGUAGAGUCAGUGCUACUUUUAAAUACCAGGUAGACUAUGACUAUUCUAGAGGGAAAUAAUAGACUAACUGCAAAGGGUCUGUGUGCCUUGAUGCACCAGACAAGAAUUUUUCUAUUGUUUGAAAGCAAUAGAAAACUUGAGGGAAAGAAAGAAAAGUGUUUAUGUGUCGUUGUCCAGCUAUCCAAAUGUUGCAAAAACCAGUAUAUUUGGGGCACUGUAGUAUUAAACCUCACCUGCAGCACUUCAUUUUGUGCUCAGAAGUUCAUUGUGGACUUCCAUAAGGACACGAAGAAGGACAGGAUACCAAAAAAAAGUCAGUGCCAUAAUUUCUAAGUAACUCAAUAGAUAAUACAGUUGAUUUCCAAAUCUUUGUUUUGAAAACUGUAUAAACUAAAGUAUUGCAAUUUUUAAAACUGUAAAUGUAAUCCUUCAUGCUACAUUCAGUAAUUUAACAUAGAAAAGAAGAUCCUGAUCUGGACUGUGGUCCUGCAAAUGCAUGCAGUUGUGCUGGACAAGUUCGAGAGGCCUUUCAGGAUGAUUCUUCUUUACAUCUUACUAAUUUGGUAGUUCUAAAUACUGACUACAAUGGUGUCUGUAAAAGCACCUCUAUGGCUUACAAUUACUAAGCGUCAACAGUUAAGAAGUAACAUAGAUUAGCAAUAUAGAAAUUAUAACCCCUAGGCUUUUAUUUCAAAUGCAAGAGUUAAUCAGCAAUGCACAUCUCAAGAUUUUUUUAUUCUUCCUCUGCUUGGACUCUGAUCUUGCACAGGUGUCAAUAUGUAGUUAAACAUACACAUUGCUAACAGUCUCAUUGAAUGCAGUUGAAAGGAUGCAGAUAUUAAUGUUUGACUAAAAAGGCUCAACACUGACAUUCCUAAGAAGUCAAAACAAUGAUUAUACCAGGCUUUGUAAUACUUCAUUUUUAAUCCUUAUAUCCUUAAAUAAAUGAGCAUCUAUACGGAUGAGACUGAGCACCUCUUGGGUCUCCAUUGAACUCCAUGAGCUUCCAUGUGAGUGGAUGAUCUAGCUGCCAAAAUUUUAUUUCAGCUUUAGACCUAAUAUAAACAGUCAGGCCUAGGUAUUCAACUAGUUAUGCUUAAGCUUCAUUUUAAAAGUGCACUGCCUCAUGGAAGUUAAAAGCGUGAAGUACAGCAGGUUUAACUGCUUGCCAGUCAGAGCUAAUAUAUUUGACUUUCCUUUGCCUUUCUUGCAUUUUGGGACCUUGUUCUUGUAGUAUUUAAAAGUCGGUUAACUUCACGUCUAUGUAAAGUUCAAUUAUGUAUGACAUUUGUAAGGAGAUGACAUCAGUGACUGAAUUUAUGAGAACAUGUCUUACUCUGGCAAGCUUAACUGUAAUACCAUUUGCAGUUCCUAUCCCUGUUUUCCUGAACUUUCCUGCAGGAUGGUGCCAGCCCAGAGGGAGGGUUGCUGGUGCUGUGUGCCAGUGAGAAUAGGAGACUCUGACUUGUCCUUCAGAUCUGCCAAGAGGGAGGGUGACCAGCUAAGAGCACGCUCCUAAUCUCAGCCCACAAAAAAUAUGAAUGUGAGAAAGUGCCUCCCCUCUCUCCCUUUGGGCUUUAACCCAUACAGAAUUGCUUUUUUUGAUAUAUCAGGUUCUCUGGCUACUUCAGAGAUUGAGCCUGUUUGAUAGCCAGGAAGGAGCAGUAAGGAAACAGUUUAAGUUCUCGUUACACAUUACACAGCUGCAGCACAAGCACUCUGUGUCUUUGCACUAGUGAGCUGGUUUGACCAUCCCGUUGCAGUAAUGCUGGAUGCAGAUGAGGCCUCACGCUGACUACCUCCAAUGCAAUAAAUAACAAACUCGUACAGUAGCGGAUGUUGAUUUCAGUCCUUUGACAACAGGAGCAUCUGUUGGCCACAUGAUUUGAGGAGGCGGUAGUGGGGGGAAGAAUAAACAAGAGAUUCAUUUAAUUAGGGAGUUUAUUCCAGUGAAGUAUGUGGUAUACAUGUACUGCCAUACCCAUAAUGCCAACUCCAGCUGAGGGAGGUCCUACAGCUUCUGUCAGGAAGUGAAGGUGAACUUCGCUAUAUUGUAGUUUAUGUUGUGCUCUAAAAUGUAAUAAAAGAUGCCACCUGUUUCCUUCAGGCUGAGCCAGAUUUACCUGGAUAUUUUGUCAAAAAACACACACACAAUUCUAGUUUUUGAGGAAACAUGAUGCUCUUUUACCUGUUGCAGUGUAAUUGGAUAAUGCAUGUGCAAAUGACUUGUUUAGCCUGCCAAUGAAUGUUGCUAAUGCCUUACCAAAAAACAAAAAGCGUAUUUUUUGUAUUUUUUUCCUCAGAGGCAAAUCCAAACAAUGCUAGAUUUGGGAAACUGUUUACUGAAAAGCAUUUUCUAAUAGAUCUCUGAAGAAGUGCAAUUGUAUAAUUAUUAUUGUUCAGUGCAUACAGUACAUUGUCUCCAUCACUCUGUACACUGCUGCUAUUAGUGCUUGUUCUAAUAAAUCUCAAUGUACACUGUUUAAA